UCGAUUCAAUUCAGUUUGCAAACGUUAGCUGACCGAGUAGUUUUCAACGGUUAAAUAAUUAAUCUCAAAGAUGUCAUACAAGGUUGAAGCUCUUCCCGAUUCCUAUGCCGAUCUGGGCGAGGGACCCCACUGGGAUGUGGACCGUCAGAGUCUGUACUACGUAGACCUCGAAUCAGCCGGCAUUAAUCGCUACGAUUAUAAGCAGAACAAGGUAUACAAGGCGAAAAUCGAGGGCGAGACAUUUGCCUCCUUCAUUCUGCCAAUUGAGAACAAACCCCAGGAGUUUGCUGUGGGUUGCGCUCGUCGCGUUGCCAUCGUCCAGUGGGAUGGAGUUUCCGCGGUGGCCAAGGUCGUUUGCACACUCUUUGAAGUUCAACCGGAUUGGAAGGACAACCGUAUUAAUGAUGCCAAAACCGAUCCCAAUGGACGUUUCUAUGGUGGCACCAUGAUCACUACUGGUGACAUCUUCACUCAAUGGGUGGGUGAACUCUAUAGCUGGCAGGCUGGAGGACAGCCUAAGGUCAUUAGGACCAAGGUGGGCAUCUCCAAUGGUCUUGCCUGGGAUGUCAAGGCCAAGAAAUUCUACUUCAUCGACACUAACAACCAUGAAGUGGUAGCCUAUGACUACAAUCAAAGCACUGGAGCCGUGUGCAACCCAAAGGUCAUCUUUGAUCUAAGGAAAAUCCGCCCUGAGGGUCCAUUAUUCCCCGAUGGCAUGACCGUGGAUACCGAUGGUAAUAUCUAUGUGGCCACGUUUAACGGUGGAACCAUCUUUAAGGUUAAUCCAAAUACUGGCAAGAUCCUGCUUGAGAUCAAAAUUCCCACCACUCAAAUCACCUCGGUGGCCUUUGGUGGCCCAAACUUGGAUAUUCUGUAUGUGACAACGGCGAACAAGUUCGACCAACCGAAGCCAGCUGGCACCACUUACCAGGUCACUGGUCUCAAUGCCAAGGGCUAUGCCGGCGUCAAUUUGAAGAUCUAGAUUUUAGAGUACUUGUAUAAUAGCAAUUAAUUAAAUGAGCAAGUAGUGUUUACUUGUGUAUUGAAUACGUA